CGUAGAUCACACUGCUGCGCAGAAGCACUAAAGUAAGGCAAAAAUUAUAAUAAUGAUUUCUCGAUUAUACACGACGGAUAAUUCAACUAAAACGAAGAUUAAGAUGAUGCAAUAUUUAUUAAAAUUACAUUUAGUUCUGAUGUGUCGUUCUUUAAAUCAAAAUAUUUUUUUACAAAAUGGGACGCUCUAGACCUGUGAAGGAAUCUUCUACUAAAACAAAUCCAUCAACAACCAUUGAGACUGCAUCAAAAUUGGAAAAACUCCAAAAAAGUAUAGAAGAACUUCAAAAAGAUCUAUUGUCUGAAAUGCAUGUCUUAAUAAAAUCAAAUUUAACCUCCACUGCAGUGGCCACAAGAUAUUUGGACAAAUUUCCUCUUAAAUCUAAAUCGGAAAUGGACGAUAUAGAACUAGAAAUUUCUGAUGAAAAUAUGGAAGCUAUGACUCACACAAUUAAAAAAAUAGUGGGAAGAAAUGGUAUUAAGAAAAUGCUAACAGCCAUUUUUGAUAAACAUCUGCUACUAGAAUUUAACGUUGAUGGAAGACAAAAUAAAAAAAGACUCUUAGACUACCCAAAACUUAUAAAUUUAAUUUACAAAUGUGUCUAUAAAGACGAAAUGUUGACAAAAAAGGCCUUUUAUGAUGAAAUAAGAAAAGGCAUUCGCUUGGCAAAAAAUAGACGUUACAAAGAAGCAUCCUUUAAAAAAACUUAG